CUCGCCACCUCCCAGCCAUAUGUGUGUGGCCGUUAUCAGUAAGCGUCGUCUUGUACAUUACUUUUUAAGUGGCAAUUUUCAAUUCCGUCCCCAAACCCUCUGCCUCUGCCUAUCUUUUGUUCCCCUCGUAGCAUCGGCCAGAUCGGUUGUGGUUGGAGCACACAACCUUAUCGUCGUCCGGUUAUUGAUUAGUUUCCGAUUGUCGCUCGAAAGCGUCGAACGCGCUUGCACUUUCUUACGGUGCCGGGCCUAGCGUAACCCCGCACGUCCAACUGGUCGAAUUUUGGCACGAAGAUACACAUACAGUUCUCCCCAAAUGGAUCGAAGGAAAAGGGCACCGUGCGCCGAAGGUUUAAAUAUUUGAACAGCGUUGUUCGCGUUGGUGAUUGUAGUGUGCAAACGCCGUUGAAGAGAUGUAAUAAUAGGGCAGAUCAACAAGUGAAAUCCUGAAACGUGUGUAGUAGUAGUACCGGCCCCCCUGAUACUUGUUUGAUGACAAGCAGCAGCAGAUUGAGUGGACGGACGUCGUGUGGCUUUUGGUGAAGAUGUUGGGUGAAGUAGUGAAUCCCGAAGCGAACGUUUACACCGCGGAAGAGUGUGACAUCUGUCGGCCGGAUAGUAACGCCGACCAGUCGCACGAUACCGAGGGUGACUACAUUGCACUCAAGAAGUGGGAACUAGGAUUUCUUAGGCGCGAAUGUGUUAAUCUAGGGCUGGAGACGUUUUAUCUUAAGUAUAUGGAGCGAGUGCAGCGUAGCUAUCUGUCCAUAUUUGUAGUGCUUCAAACGUUCGUCAGUAUUUCGCAUGUGAUCGUCAUCGUGACCGGAAAACCGCAUCCAACGGCAGCGAUUCAUCCCGAUCUCAUCUGCUACCUGUUCGGUAUACUGAUCGUAUGGAUAUCGCUGUUUGCCGCCUUCAAGGAGGGCCUGGUGAAGGCCUACCCAUGGGUACCGUACGUUUCCUCCAGCAUUGCCGUCAUCACAAUGAUCAUCACCGAUCUGACGAUCCCGCUGUACCACGCGGUGGUAACGUUUAUCAAUCCACCGCUACGACCCUCGUACGCCAGCCAUACCAUACUGGCGAUCUACAUAUUUCUUCCGCUCACGGAAAACAUUCACGGCAUCAUACUGGGCAGUGCCACGUCCCUGUGCUAUCUGAUCGUAAUGACACUGAUCACCUACCGGUUGGAGGAGAACACAGCGCUCAAGGUGAUCACCGAGCUGAUAUACUUCAUCUGUUUGAAUCUAUUCGGGUUGUACUUUCGGCUCAUCAACGAGGUGGCAAUUAGACGCACGUUUCUCGAUCGUCGGGAGCUUGUGGAGGGAAAUUUGCUAUUAAAGUUUGCGCGUAAUCAAGAGAAAGAACUACUGCUUAGCAUUCUGCCAGAGCAUACGGCCGAACUAAUGGAGAAGGACAUACGGGCAAUGAUUGAAAAGAUGCGCAACGAUCAGCACAAUGCAAACCAAACGAUCAAUACGCAGAACUUCUUUCGUACAGGCACUCAAUGGAGAUCGAUUAACAAACUGUACGUGCAGAAGCAUACCAACGUUACGAUCCUGUACGCCGAUGUUGUCAACUACACGCACAUGACUACGCAGCUGCCGGUGCGUACGCUGGUGGACGUGCUGCACGAGCUGUUUGUCAAGUUCGACGAAGCGUCCAAAGAGUUCAACGUGCUGCGGAUAAAGUUCCUGGGCGAUUGCUACUACUGCGUGUCGGGCGUACCGGUGCGCAAUAAGUAUCACGCCAAAAGCUGCGUCAAUUUGGGGUUGCGCAUGAUCAAGGAUAUAAGGGAUGUGCGAAUGUCGCGCGAUCUGAACAUCGACAUGCGGAUAGGCAUCCACAGUGGCAGCAUCAUAUCCGGGGUGAUUGGGGCGUGCAAGUGGCAGUACGAUAUCUGGUCGAAAGACGUUAUCAUUGCCAACAAGAUGGAGUCAACCGGAGAGGCUGGUAAAGUGCACGUGACGAUGCAGACUUUGGAGCUGCUCGAUGGGGAGUACAUCUUCGAGGAAGGGACACCACAGGCGAAGGAAGAUCCCAUCCUCGUGAAGCACAACAUACAGACGUUCCUGAUCGUCCCACAGCCAGGUUACGACGAUGGUUCGUUUUUUACCGUUCAAGAGCCCGGUCCCAGCAGUCGAAUGUCGAGUGGAGUGAAGCGGAAAACGAUCAAAAAAGAGCGCAGUCUAGUCACGAGGAACUUUAUGCAAAACUCGAUGGAACAGUUCCGCGAGAUCAUGAAGCUAACGAAUGUGGAAAUGGCGUAUGAGCUGGAGCGAAUGCCCAUUGGAAGGUUUCAGUUCAACAAACUGUUCUCGUCGUACAAAACGUACAUGCAGGAGCCUUCGCACACCUCCGCCCCGGCAAGAACGGUCGAAAAUGGGCCUCGGUGCAGCGAGGAAGACACGAACCGGCUCGACAACAUGUCACCGUUCUUCAUGUGCUUCGAGAACAAGCGCUGGGAGCUGUCGUACCUGCAGGAACCGGAUCUCAUGCUCAAGUACAGCGUGCUGAUGAGCUUCAUCGUGUUCGUGUGCAUCCUGCUCAUACAGAUCCUGAACGAUGCGUCGGGCAUCUACUUCUGGCUACUGAACGGCUUGUCCGGCGCACUGCUGCUCGCCUUCAUCCCGAUCACCUGGUUCAAGAAGGUGUGGGAUGUAUAUACACCCUACUCGAUCGACGAUCUGCUGCGUGUGCGGAAGCCUCAGUCGAGGGUAAUGCGAAUAUUUUACGACUUUUCCAACGACAUCAUGAGCAACUUUGUGAUACGGACGGUGAUCUAUCUGAUUACGAUCGCGUUACUAGUGGUGUGUUCGUUGAUGUAUCUGAUCGAGUGUAAUUACGAUCUGUUGGAGCAAACGUCUACCACCAGCAUACCCGUGAGUGACAAUCUAACGAGCCUGUUUAAAGAAAACCAAACAUCGCUCGAUCCUAUGGCCAAAAACUUUUGUACAAAUCCAUGGUCAGUCACCCAGUGUCUUACACUGGCGAUCGGGAUGGCUUUCCUGUUUCUCCGGAUACACUUCCUGCUGAAGGCAGCCGUGGGACUGCUGAUCUUCUUCUUCUAUUGCUGGGCAAUUUUUGACGAUCUGUAUUAUUACUUUGAUAGCAGUGCAAGCAUGAACCCUGGUCUCGAUCCAAAGGUCUCACAUCUGAUGCUGAUCCUCUUCAUUGUGAUCAUAUUUCAUUGGAUUGAUCGACAGUCCGAGUACAUUGCGCGGACAGAUUAUAACUGGAAGCAACAGCUCCUGAAGCAAAAGGAGGAAGCCGAAGUAACGAAACAAACGAACAAGAUCCUCGUCGAGAACAUACUGCCGACGCAUGUGGCCGAAAUCUACAUCAAUCGGCAGCUGAAAAACGAGUUCUACAACGAGGAGUACGAAAACGUGGCCGUUAUGUUCGCCACCAUCACCAACAUGGAGGUCAACACGGACAUUUCGGUCGAGAACGAGAAGAGCGUGCUGAAGGUGUUGAACGAGAUCAUCUGCGACUUCGACGAGCGGUUGCAGUACUUUGACGGGUAUUUGAAGGUGGAGAAGAUUAAAGUGGCCGGCUGGACGUACAUGGCGGCCUGCGGACUGGAUCCGGGACGGUGCGAUUCAUCGUCCUCGCUCAGCGGCUACCGCUCGGUGUCCGGUAUGACGCGUACCUCACUCAUGACCAACGGUCGCCGUAGCCUUAAUCCGCGCACCUCGCUGGAGGUGGCGCACAAAGCGAGCACCAGCACGCGCAGCAAUUCGAGCAACAGUCGCCAUAGCAACAACGUCACGAUCGUUAUGGCCGAGUUUGCGCUCGAGCUGAUGCGCGUGUUGCGGGACUUUAGCAAUGAAAACUUCAAACAAACCAGCCCGGGAUUGCUGCGGGUCGGCAUUUCGCACGGGAAGGUGAUGGCGGGCGUGGUAGGCUCCAGCAAGCCGCUGUACGACAUCUGGGGCAAUGCGGUCAACAUGGCCUCGCGGAUGGAUUCCACCGGACGCCCCGGGCGCAUACAGGUGACGAAGGAGAGUGCCGAGGUGCUGCAGAGCUACGGGUACCAGUGCGACUAUCGGGGUGAGAUUUUUGUCAAGGGGCGUGGGAAAAUCCCGACAUACUUUUUAAAGAUAGGCAGCGAUUUAAAGUUCCUCAAAAAGGCUUCGUGCGAUAAGGCUGGCAAUGGGCACGUACCCACCGAGCAUAUCACGACCAAGCUUUAGCUUUAUUAUAAAAAUGUAUUUAUCGAAAUAAAUAGGUACUGAUUUAAA